UUUGCAUGCGCUCGUUUUUCCAACAGAAACGGUGUUCUUCUCUCCUCGCCUUCUCCUUCUCCGCAUGCAAAUCUGGACCCCCUCGUCGCCGCCCUCAGACCCUCUCUCAACAUACCGCGCGUCUGCGCGCUCUGCGGUGUGUACACACACCCGACCGGAGCUGCUCCUGCCUUGUCGGAACCGCAGACUUUCGUUUUCCACUUCCUUUUCGCUUCUCUCCACGCGUCAACGGGUCUCGCUGCAAGUCCCCGAGACGAAUCUGUUCGUCCUCAACUGCUCGGCCAAACACAGCAGCCGCUUCCUCGCCCGGUGGUGUCUGUCUGUUUGUCUGUCUGUUUGUCUGUUUGUCUGUCUGUCUGUCUGUCUGUCUGUCUGUUUGUUUGUCUUUGCGAGAAUCUUUUUCGAGGAUCUCUUCGACACAGCGCGUCCGAGCGUCCAAGCUCCCAGAGGCUUCGACACACUAAACCAGGGAGAGAAGGGAGAGCGAACGAAAGCGAGACGGAAGGAAGGAAGGAGGACAGGAGCUACAGGAGAGGAAGCAACGAGAUGCACUAGAAAUACAGGAGACAGAGAAGGAGACGCGCGGUCGAGGGAAGACAGACAUGAACAUGGAGAGAGAGAGAGCGCGAAAGGAGAAAUGAAGAGUUGGGCCACAGAGAGCGAAGGAGAAAGACCAAGAGAGAGAGAGAGACAGAGCAAGAGGCUCAGAGAGACAGCAGGGGAGACUGUAGGUCUAUAGGUCACCGUUUUCAAGGGAAGCGAGACGAUGAGAGAGGAGUCAAACGCAGGGAGGAGAAGAAGGGAGACUGACGAGCAAAAAAAGGAGAAAAGAGGAGACUGUCGAGGGGAGACAAGAUAAGAGAGGCGGCGAAGCGGAAGAGCGGUCGACCGAGUGGAAGCCACUUUGCCCAAACAACUGUUUACAAGAUGCACGGUCGCCUGAAGAAAGCGGAGCUUGCUGUCGGGGCAGAGCAGCGAGCAGAACAACGCGAACGAGUGAAGAAGGGAGUCUUUCUUUUCCAACAUCUGCUCGACCAGAAACAGAGAAAAUGCUUCACUCCAGAGAACUUUGCUUCCACUGGGAAGCUCCUCGAAGUGUCUCCUGAGAUCGCUGUACUCUGGGCAUUUCGACGAGACAUGCUCACUCACUUCAUCCAUCUCCUGAAAUCUCGAACUCCUUCGACUUUGUUAACUUCGACCGCUUUCUCUUCUUCCCCGUAUUCUUCCUCGGCUUCUUCUCCUGGUCCUUCUUCCCAGGCUGCGUCUUCCUCUCCUCACUCUUCUUCCUCGGCUUCUUCUCCUGGUCCUUCUUCCCAGGCUGCGUCUUCCGCGUCUUCUCUCUCCUCAGCAAGAGUCUCUGACGAACGACGCGAGCAAGUCUGUUCGGAAAACUCUGACCCUCUGCCGCGAGCAGCGAGUUCGUUUCCUUCCGCGGAUGGCGAGGAGAAGUUGUCUCUUUUUGGCAGGGACUUCGCCUGCGGGGACGACCAGGCAGAGCGCAGGCUGUUGCGAGAGGAGUUGUCCGUGACUCUUCAUGCCAUUGGAAAGAAGAGUGCAAAGUCGUACUGCGUCUGGAGUCACCGGACAUGGACCCUCGGGCAACUCUUAGCCUCUCUCCUGGAUGCAAAGGAUGUCUCCCUUCUCUCUUCUUCUCCCGCGCCUUCUUCGUCAUCCUCAUCACCUUCCUCUCUGCAAGACGGGAGAGAGAGGCAAGAGGACGAGCGCCAGGUCACGCAGCUUGACAGUGCGCGAGAGAAAGGAAGAGAAGAAGAACGAAGGGAAGAAGAAAGAGAAGAAGAAAACAGAGAUUUUCAAGAAGCUGUCACCCUCCUCGACGAGGAAAUCCAGCACUGCAACGCACUGCUUCUGCGGCGCGGCGAAGACGGCAGAAACUUUCACUGCUGGCAGCAUCGGUCGCAGGUCAUCGCUUGGCGGGUCGCCGUGCAUGCGAUGCGCGGGAGGAGAGAAGAAGGGAGACGAGAGCGAGGAGAUGCAGAGGAAAGGGGAGAGAAGGAAGGAAGUCACAGUGCGCAGGAGAGAGCAGAAGACAGCGCUGAAGAGGGGAGCGAGGAGCAGACGGUGGCAGAUACACUCGAACUGACAAAGACGUUGAUCGACAAGGACUUCAGCAACUACUCGGCUUGGGGGCAGAGAGCACAGGGCCUCGCGACAGGCCUCCUGAACUGGGAUGCUGAACUCGACUGGAUCUGGCAGGGUCUGUACACCGAGCCUGGUGACCAGACGCUCUGGAAGGUGUACCUCUCGCUGCUUGAACGCACCGUGUCGCGGCUUCCCUCUCCUUCUGUGAUCGCGUUCUUCCCUCUGCCUCCGGCGGUUCGCGGGGACCUCGACGCGGCCGGCCUCGCUUUCUGCGUCUGUUUCUCGGUUCCUGCUUCAGUUGACGCCUCGCAGUCUCGCUGCUUUCUCCACUGCCCUGGGGAGAGAAACUGCCCGAACUUCAAAGGCGCUGGAAAACUCAUUCGAGGCAAGUGGAAGCCUUUGAGUCCUCUCGCGACUGCCAGCACAGAGGGUCUGAACCCGACCAUCGGCAGAGGCAACAGGGCAUCUUCGACGAGCCCAGUCUGGCUUUUCAUCUCCCCCGAUCCGUCGGCAGCUGCGGUGUUGGCCGCCGAAGCCGAGGAAGGCCAUGGAGAAGGUGGUACAGAAGCUCCGACGAAGAAGCAAAGAACGAACGAGAGAAGAGACUCGCUGACUUUCGAAUUCCUCCUCACUUUCUCUCGCUUUGCCGGCGCCUUUCAAGCCGAGGAACAGCGAGCGCGAGAUCACCAUCUGCUGCGUUUGCCGAAAUAUGUCGUUGCUCAAAUGCAGCUGCGAAACUCUGCUCCUCGAGACUCCGCUUCUGACAUCUCUUCUGCUCGCUCUUCUCGCAACAAAGUCUUCACUGACAUCCUCGAGUAUCCCUGCCGCCGCAUUCGCUUCCUUGUCUCUCCUUCGUCCUCUUCCGCUUCUCCCUCUUCUUCUGCUUGUUCUGCUUCAUGUUCUUCGUCUGCCUCGCUCGCUGCGAGUGCAUGCUCCCGAGGGUCGUCUUCGUGGCGGGUGAUCUCUCAGCGCGUCGUCGCGCCUCGGCCGCCUGCGCGAGAGGCAGAGAGUUGCGGAGAAGAAGAAGCGAGUGAAGAAGCGAUCCGGCAGACGCGCGUCGAGAAAGAGUUGGCGAAGAUCGACGAGCUCCUUGCACUCGAGCCUUCUUGCAAACAGGCGAUUGAGACGAAGUGGCUUCUCCUGAGAACGUUCAAGCCAAGCAACUCUCUCGACGAACAAACGACCCUCUGUCGCGCCAUGGCCCUCGCAGAUCCUCGUCACCAACGUCUCCACGACGCUCGGCUUCUUCAGCUAGAAGUCCAGAAGAAGAUCCUUUCUGCUGCUUUCUUCGAAAACCAAGGAGAGCCUCGUGGAAGCGAGAGCGAUGUUUCCUCGGUCACGGAAAAAACGAAUAAACUUGAAGCUGAGAAAGAGAGAAACGAGCGACAGACGGACGCUCGAGAGAGGCGUUGCUGCGCUCUGGACCUCUCGGCCAUGGGACUAGAGCGACUGUCUUAUCCUCUUCUCGUGGACGUAGGAGACAAAGUGGAGGAACUGGAUCUAAGCGCCAACCUUUUUUCGGAUCGCUUCUGGGCGAGUAGCCAUAUUCCUUUUCUGCCGAAACUUCGCGUUCUUCGCCUCAGAGAGAACAAGAGAGUCUCGCUGCUCUCCCCCGCUCUGCUGGCCAUUGCCGACCUGCCUUGCGUGGAAAUGGUGGAUCUCUCUUACACGAGUCUCCGGUCGCGGAGAGAAGAGGAGAACUCUGCAACGUUUCAGCUGUACCUUCAACUUUUAAGCAGGGAACAAGAAGAACGGCCGUUUACCGCGGAGGAUGCGCAGCUCUCGGAAUCGCACGAGAAAAUCAAAGCAGACGAGAAAAGCAAAACAGAAGAGAAAAGCAAAACAGAAGAGAGUGCAUCGUUGCCACUUCGUCUGAAGAACGCGGCAUGCGUGAACAUUUCGGCGACGCCGCUCGCCGCGAGCCUGUGCGCCGGCGGGGUUUUGUGGGGUCUCUUCAGAGUGGAAAAAUGGAGAGACAGUGCGGGUGGCAAAGAUGCGGAGCGAACUCUCCUUCGUGCUCUCUGAGGCGCGAGACAGCGAGAGGGGAGAGACGUUCUUCCAGAAACUGGAGAGACAGAACGGCCCAGAGGAAGACCCUCUGUUCGAGAACAAGAACCCCCGCUGAAAGGAAGAAGCGAAGGCAACGAAUCGAAGAACGAAUCGAAGAGCAGAAGGGAACCAAGUGGAGACGCGAGAAAGACUGAGAAGGAAGCACAGAGAGUGGUAUUGUGUGCAGCAGGUGGAAAAGUUGAAACCAUCAUGCGUCCUCAGGUGUUGUUUUUCCUUCUCUUUUUUCCUGGCAUCGCCGUGUCAUACACAUGCGUGGUAUUGUUCUGGAUAUUUUUGGGUUUCUGCAUAAGUUCACGCAUCGUACACUGGGAAGUAUCUUCUUCUUUGCAGAAGUGGAGGCCUUUGGGGACUUCAGAGCACAGCGCUUCUCGCCCUUCGUGUCUGUACAUCCCACCGUUUUCGCACGUGAAAAACGACUCAAAGAGGCUGAAAAGAUCUUCGUUGGACAGAUUUCCUCGUCCGAUCUCUUCGGGUGUACACACACCUCUGCAGUAGCGCGCCGCCUCUUUCUCCAGAAGACGCAGCAGGGAUCUCCUGGUUAUCACUUGAAGAACGAGAGGCGCUGCCCGUGAGGAAACAAAGGCAAUGAGGGAACGCGGUGUCGACUUCCUCGAUGAAGUCGCUGCUCAUUUUCCCCUUCGAGCUCAGAUGUCUCCACCCAGUGUGCUGUUACACAAAUCCGUACUUCUUGUAAAGAGACACACCAAAGAAAUGGAUAGAAAUGAGUGUACAUGGACAACACCAAACAUUUGGCUUUGCUGAGUUUACCGAUCCUUACAGACCCACAUGCACCCGCCUCUGCUGCUCUCUGUGUGGAACUUCGCCUCGAGAGAAAAACGAAGCGAAGCAGCAGACCCGGACGUUUUCUCCUCGUUCGCUCCGGUGUACUUGGCUGACUUCAGUGGAGGGACGAGUCUUGGUUUUUUAACUCGCGAGUCCUUUCUCGUCUAGCGACAAACAUCUAGAUGGAGGAGUAGCACUAGGGUGGUGGCAACUUAACUUCGGCAUGCGACAGAUAAAUCUCUCUCGCACUGUUGUUCAUUUCAACACACAUAACCUGAGUGAGGAUCGUCUGACGGGAGCUACAGCGAUGGACCUACCACGCUCGGAUGCCUGUUUAGUUUCGUCUCGCUUUCUCCGGUGCUACGUACAGACGCCUCACCAUCUGGAACGAACAAAGAGUACCUAGUAGUACACUAAGACGGCCUGUCUCUGAACAUCAACAUCUGAAGCUGUCAAGGCCACAGUAGAACCAUAGAGAGAGCGGAUGCAUAUAGCGACAUACACAGGCUCCUCCUGUAUAUAAUACGUAAGAUGAAUAUACAGCACUGGAAUCUUAUUCAGUCGAAUCUGAAGAUCCGCCAGCUGCGCAUACACCUGAUUUCGAGCAGAAUCUCCGUCGACCGGAAGGUUUUUGCCUCGAGGCGCGAAGGUCUUUUCUCGCGAGCUCAUUCUUCGUUUCUCAUUCCUCCGCUCCAGAUUCCCCCUGCUCACUUCUCGUUUGGCAUUUCUCGUUUGGCAUUUCUGCGUCCCUGUGAGUGAAUUCUUCGCAUUUCUCUCCCUUGGAGAUUCCUCUCAGGCGCCGAUUUAGAACAAAACACUGCCUUUCGUCCAGCCUCUAGUUCCUGCGCACAUCCAUCUUCUUUGCUUGCACGGCGAAUCCUCCUCGCGGUCGUAUCGGUCUUCGUUGCUCGCCGCGCCGCCUCUGGGCAUGGUCUGCUGUGGUUUCUGAUUCCUCCGCGACGUUCUUUUCGACUUUUCCGUGAUUCAGAGAACUCUCC